UUCACGUCAUUUCAACACACACACGAAGAAAAGUCUUUCAAGUCUUCGAGUUCACGAUAGAUUUAUUUGAAAAUUACUACGUAAAUGGUGACAGCAUUUGCCAUAAACGUGACGACAAUAUUCAAGGUAGAUCAACCCUCAAAGCGCUGACGUUGUGAAAGCCAUCUUUGUGGAUAAUGCGUUUAUUAAGAUAUUUGAUUCGUUUGAAGAGAAGGAAGAAACAGCCACGAAGUAGAACCGAGGGAUGUCAAAGAAUAUCUGAACUGAAAGGUAGCGUUUUCGUGAGCGAAAAGAAGAAGGAAUGGAAUCAACUCCACACCGCUGCAAGAGAAGGUGAUAUCAGCAAAAUGAAAUCCCUCCUCUCUGAUGGAAUUUGUAUUGACUCGCAAGAAAGCACUCAUAAGACGCCAUUGAUGAUCGCAGCUUUUAAUGGCAAGCUACGGGCUGUUAGAUAUCUGAUUGAAAACGGAGCAGAUAUGUCGAUAGUAGAUAACAGUGGAUGGAACUCGUUACAUUUUGCUUCACAAGGGGGUGAUCCUGAUAUUAUUGAUCUGAUAGCCAGUCACGUGGCUGAUAUUGAUUCACUUGCUAGUGAGGCUUUCACUCCGCUUAUGGUUGCCUCUGAUAAUGGCCGUCUCCAGGCCGUGAAGUAUCUUCUAAAAUCGGGAGCAGAUCUCUCGUUGAAAGACGGCAAUGGCUGGAAACCUGUACACCACGCCGCACGAGGUGGCAAUCCCGCCGUCAUAGAGCUGUUCCUUAGUGACGUGGAAGAAAUCGACCUCAGGGCCAAUCGAGGUGAAACGCCAUUAAUGAUUGCUGGUUACUAUGGGAACCUCCAGGCUGUAAAGUACUUUCUGGAAAAGGGUGCUGACCCGUCUCUAAAGGACAAGAAGGGAUGGAAUUCGUUGCAUCAUGCCUCAAGAGGAGUGAAUCCUGACGUUAUUGAACUUUUUCUGAGGUGUAUGGCGGAUGAUGCAAUCGACUCCAAGACAAAUCAGUGGUAUACACCAUUAAUGAUCGCUGCUGGAAAUGGUAGGCUUCAGAUCGUAGAAUUUCUCGCGCGAAAAAAUGCAUGUCCGUACGCCCGUGACAACAAUGGAUAUUUCCCAUAUGACUGGGCUUUGCAUAGUCAAGAACCACGUACGCUAGAUUGUUUACUUAAGCAAACCGCAUUAGCGUUUGAAAUUCAAAUUUUUAAAGAGCGUAUGAUUGAGUAUUGCGAUCCAUAAAUAAUGAAAACACGCAAGGGAAGCCAAUUCACACAUCCAAAAUAAUGGCAAAUUAAAGGAGUGAAAAAAUGGAAUUGGUUUCAACAUGGCUCAAGGGGUGUGAACUCAGAUAUCGCUCAGCCACCCCUUAGCUAUAUGCUUUACAUUAAAACUACAGCUGAUCAGCGGUUUAAAACAUUUUUCCUUAAAACUAAUUCGUCCUCAGUCGCCUCUCUACUUUUAGGUGUUACGAAAGAUUCGCACGAGUCCCCUUCCUUCCCAGCGUCUCCUAGUAUCAGUCUCCCGCGAUUCCGCAGCCGCGUACGAGACGAACGGAGCCGAGUCGGAUGUCAUGUUAAAAUAACUUUUGAAGUUCUACGAGUCCUUCAACAUCAGUACGCAUUUUCCCCUUACUGUUCUCCAUACAUUUCUUAAGGCAACGACAAGGAGAAUUUGGUAUAACAAUCAAACGCUUCUUUAAAUGGUGAUUAUUUCCUUUACACUCGUGGCCUUAAUGUUUGCUUCAGGGGCAAAAUUGUUCGGAGAAAUUAGGGGUAGUCACUCUUAAGAAUUCAAAAGGUUUUGGAGUAGUCUCAAAACACAAACAAAAUACAAGAUGGUUUUUUUCUCAACAUUUAUUUAAGAUAAAAUUAUACGAUUUAACAGAAGGCCGCUUCGAAAAUAGCUGUAUUUAGUAAUAAAUAUGAGCGGCGUGGUUUAUAAUUUACUCUUCUCCUAAAAAUUUUCGUCCGGCAAGCAAGAAAAAGAGGAUAGUUUCUUCCAUAGGAAGAGAAUUGACAGUAAACAGUAGGGUGAAUUUGUCAAACAGUGAAAGUAAGCGAAGAUCUUAAUACUGUUCUUUUUCUGUUACAAAAAAAAAUAUUAUCUCGUGAAACACAUGGGUAAGACUACUUUCGAUGGAAUAAACCAUAGCGAAUAGUGAUUUUGUAACUUUAUAAGCGUGGCUUGUGAUCAAGUUGUGUCGACAAGUUUUCUGCGAGGUACCAUGCAUGUAAAAACGUAUCCUCUACCAACAAAUUCUCCCAGUAAGAGGAGAAAACUCAAUCGAGCGUGAAAUGAUUUGCUAAGUGUACUGUCUGGAAAGGAAAAUAGAGAAAGAAAACCUCUUUGCCUAUGCGAAAGCAUGAAAGUACUCCUCGCAAGUUUUCUGCCCCAGCUAUUCUGUUCCAAAUCCUGCUGAAUAUUUUCAAUGUACUAGGUUCCACUCCUGAAGAGUGAUCCAUUUUUAACGAUUAUGGUUGGUUUUUGUGUUAAGAACACUUUAAAUGAA